AUGAAAGAGAAAUCACGUCGAGUUAUAAUGAGUACAUAUUAUGAAAAUGAAAAAGUUCGAGCUAUAAAAAAUAACAUAUGGUUAAAUAUAAUAUUUGGUAUUGUUCUUAAUGUAUUUGGGUGUGUCUUAAACUAUCUAAGAACAGAAAUUGAAGAGACAAUGAUACAAGAUACAAUAGACAAAAAAUUUAUUGAAUACGGAAUGCUAAGUGCUAUGAAUGAAACAAUUGCUAAAGAAUUAAAGGUAAAAAUUUUUACAACUCCACCAUGUAUAUUACGUGUUUUAUUAACAACAUUCGGAAGAAUGUUUAAUGUUAUUGGAACAAUGAAAGUAUUUAAAGGAUUUUCACAAUUUUUAUCAGAAAAGAAAAGACUUAAACUUCGAUUGACAACAGAAAAAUUUAUUGAAGAUGGUGAAGGUCAAGCUGAAUUUUCUGAAUUUUUUAAUGAAUGUUGUACCAUUUGUGGAUAA